UGAGUUGGCGGUUGGUGUACAGUUGUAACAACACACGUCUCGAGUAAUGUUUACGUAGGAACACAUGGAGAAAUUGAAAUACAGGGAGCAUGAUUGACGUUCAUUGUUUAUCAUGGUCACUUUCUAUAAUAUUUCUAACAGUGCUGUGUCCCAGUUUGGUAUACUUGGAGACUUUUAAGGUAGGAUUUUUACCGACGAUUUUAGGGAACAAAAAUUCAGGAGAUGGGAUAGUUAUUGCUGGUGCCCUUUCGUAUGCCAUCGAAAUUAUAAAUAACAGUUCCAUGUUAAAUGGUCACGAUCUUACUUUGAUUUAUAAUGACACAAAAGGUGACGAUGUGGUGGGUAUAAAAGCAUUUAUUUACCAAUGGCAACAGGGUGCCAUUGCUAUUUUCGGUCCUGAAGAUUUGUGUAAAAUACCAGCGACUGUAGCAACUGCUGUCAACCUGGCAAUGAUCUCUUUUAAAUGUUCUGUCUCGAAUCCCGAAAACAGUUUGUAUUAUACUUCAUUUGCAAGUACUUUCCCUCCGAGCACCAAAAUAAUAAAUUCUGUGAUAGCCCUGUUAAAGCACUUCAGCUGGUCUAAAUUUGCAAUUCUAUAUGAAGAUUUCGAUAAUUAUUAUAACCUGUACGAAAGCCUUCAAAGUAAAGCAGAGGAAAAGAAUUUUACCAUAACACAUGCCAAGAAGUACAACAUCUCUUAUUUUGAAAAUCCAUUUUUAACCAUCAUUGAAGAGACUUUUAAAACUACAAGAGUUUAUGUUCUUCUCGGAGAUAUCAGAUUUUCAUAUCGAUUUUUGGUGGCUAUGAAUAGAAAACGACUACACGUAAAUGGUGAAUAUGUUGUUAUUUAUGCCACUAAUGAAAUGUAUAAUCCCGAACUUGCCUAUCAAUAUAUAUUAAUCCCAGACAAAGAAGAACAUUUAAGAGGAGACAUAGACUUAGCAUUAGAAGCAGCACAAUCGUUACUCGUAAUUGCUCCAAGUCCAACAGACGAAGCACAAUAUGAAAAAUUCUUAAAAACAGUACAAGCUUAUAAUCGUAAACCACCCUUUAAGUUUCCUUCUCCUUUCCAUUAUACAAAACACGUGACAAUGUUUGCUGUUUAUCUGUACGAUGCAGUCAUGCUCUUCGCUGACGCUUUAAAAAAUAUAUUAGAAGAGGAAGGUGAUCCUAAAAAUGGUACUCGUAUCAUUGAUCUUAUAUUAAACAAAACGAAGUAUACAAGUAUUUCGGGUGUUGAAAUGCAUUUCGAUAAAUAUAGACAAGUUGAAGGAAAUUAUACAUUGUUCGCUCGAUACCCGAAACCAGCUAAUCAUACUUUGAAAGGAAAUCUUGAAGUAUCACACGUUAUGCUUUCUGCUGGUAUAUUUAUUAUGGAUGAAGAUAAAAACGAAAUUAGUCUUCGAGAACGAAGAAAAAUUGAUUGGAUCGGAGGAGAAGCACCUCUUGACGAACCACCUUGUGGUUUCGAUGGAAGCCAAUGUCCAGAUAUAUUAACUAAAGUACGUAAGAUAAUUUGUGGAGUGUUGGCCUGUAUUUUGUUAGUUGUAAUAGUCAGUUCAGCAAUGAUUUACAGGAAUAAAACUAGUGUAAUGAGUCAAAUUUCUAUGGAAUCCAGAGCAGUUCUUUAUGCAUUUACUGAAAUUGCAAUGUACAGAGGAAGUAUUGUUGCUAUUAAACGGUUUCAGUUUAAUCGAAAAUCUAUGGAUAUUCCCCGAGAUAUGAAGAAAGAAAUGAAAUUGAUGAGAGAAUUGAGACAUGACAACAUUAAUUCAUUUAUUGGAGCUUGUGUAGAACCAAAUUGUGUCUACGUCUUAAAUGAAUAUUGUUCCAAAGGAAGUUUGCAGGAUGUUUUAGAAAAUGACGAUUUUAAACUCGAUAAUAUAUUCAUUGCAUCUUUAGUCUUUGAUCUCAUUACGGGUAUGAUUUUCCUGCACGAGAGCGAUUUGAAGAUCCAUGGAAAUCUCAAGUCUUCCAAUUGCAUUAUAACUAGUCGUUGGGUCCUUAAAGUUGCUGAUUUUGGUCUCCAUUAUUUAAGAUCAUUAACAGAUAAUGAUUCUUCUGAAAAUGAUUACAAAUACUUCAGAAAUCUUUUAUGGAAAGCUCCCGAAAUACUUAGAAAUCCUUCAGAAUAUCCUAAAGGAUCUCAGAAAGGUGAUAUGUAUGCUUUUGGUAUUAUUCUUCACGAAAUUUUCGAACGUCAAGGUCCUUACGGAAGUAUAGAUUUACAACCUAAAGACAUUGUGGAAAAAGUAAAAAAGAUUCCAGAUGGGAAUUUGCCCUUUAGGCCAUCUUUUUCCAAUUUGGAAUGUCAAAAUUACAUACUUCAUGCUAUGCAAGAUGCUUGGAAUGAAAAUCCUGAACUGAGGCCCGAAUUUCGUCAAAUGAAAAGUCGCCUCAAAAAUAUGAAGAGUGGAAUGAAAUCGAACAUAAUGGAUAAUAUGAUGAACAUGAUGGAAAAGUACGCAAAUAAUUUAGAAGAUUUAGUUGAAGAAAGAACAGCUUUACUGGUUGAAGAAAAGAAGAAAACUGUUGCAUUACUGCAUCGAAUGUUACCAACGUCAGUAGCUGCUCAACUUAUAAGAGGUGAAACUGUUAUUCCAGAAUCGUUUGACGCAGUAACAAUAUAUUUUAGUGAUAUUGUUGGUUUUACCGAAAUGUCUGCUUCUAGUACUCCUAUGGAGGUUGUAACUUUUCUUAAUGAUCUUUACACGACGUUUGAUGCUAUAAUUAAAGAUUACGAGGUAUAUAAAGUGGAAACAAUAGGUGAUGCUUACAUGGUAGUUAGUGGUUUACCCAUUAGAAAUGGUGAUAAACACGCUAGUGAAAUAUGUUCAAUGGCUUUGGAAUUAUUGGAUGCAGUAAAGACGUUCAGAAUUCGACAUCGUCCUAAUCAAAUCCUAAAAUUAAGAAUUGGAAUUCAUACAGGUCCUGUUGUUGCUGGAGUGGUUGGUUUAACAAUGCCAAGAUAUUGUCUGUUUGGAGAUACUGUAAAUACUGCUUCUCGAAUGGAGUCUAAUGGUGAACCAUUGAAAAUUCAUAUUAGUCCAUGGUGUAAACAGUACUUAGAAAAAUUGGGAGGAUAUAUUAUCGAAAGUCGAGGAUUGGUAAAUAUGAAAGGAAAAGGUGAAAUUCAUACAUAUUGGUUACUUGGCCAUACAGAAGGAAAUAAACAUCGUCGCCGUCAUCAAAAUUUAUUACCAUUACCAUUAUUUUCUAGUGUCUUCGACAAGAAAAAUUCUAUUGCAAACAGUAGUGAAUUCCAGAGAAGAGAUUCUCUUGCAUUGCGUGGAGAAAACAUUCCUUCAAAUAGUCACGAAGAUUUUUCAUUAUUAAAUGGUUCUAUUCAUGGUUUACAAAAUUCUCAUCGCAUAUCUACAGAUAGUCCUCGCAUAUGCAAAAAGUUUGGACCUCAUAGUUUUCGAGAAAAUAGACUGAGGUAUCGUGAAUUAGAAUUGAAAGAAGGAGGCGGAGGAGGUUUCAGUUGUGGAGAUAUUAAGAAUCAUUCCAAUGAAUGUAAAUCUACACAAAUCGCACAAAAUACAAAUAACAGACAGACAGAUGAGAAAUCAAUUCCAUCGUUUAUAUAUCACGAAUGUUCUCCAGUUAAUGAACUAAAUAAAAAUGGUAUGAUUACAGGUAAUGAAUCAUUGAAACCAUUGUUAGAUCCUAAAAAGGAAAUGUCUCCAUCAAAAGAAUUGAGUAAAAAAUAUUUCAAGAGUCAUAUAUUAAAAAUACCAUCGAAAAAAUGGCGAUCUUGUGAUGAAAUUAUUGCCUUCCCAGCAGGAUCUAUAUCAUCAUUGAAGGAUUUUUUCUCCAAACGUUUAGUUAAUAAAUUAAUAGAUAAUACUUCUAAUAAUUUAGCUAACGAGCCACCACCUUUAAAGGACGAAAGUGUCGUAUGAAUCAAAUUUAAACAACUGCAAUGGGUAUUUUUGAUCUCGUCAGUGCCAAAUAGCGAUCCUUUAUAUAGACAUACGCUCAUAAAAAAACAUGAAAUCAAAACUUUCUAGUCGAUAUUUUUGAUUGAAUAAUUUGUAUAAUUUAAAUAAUAUUUUAAAAAUUUUUGUGAUUAUUUUUAAGAUACUUAGCUGGAGGUGGUUAUUAUUUUCUACGAGUAAGUAAAUUUUCAUUCAUUGUUAAGCAAUUUGAAUGGAUUUGUGAAUCUUAAAUACAUUCAAAUUUACUUAAAAACUAGUGAAAAAUUAUCAAUCGAAUGAAAAAAUAACCUCUCCCUCCCUUAUUUAUGUUGUGGCACAACUAUUUUGCUGAAUGUGGCACAUAAAAACUUAUUUUAUAAAAUUGAAAUUGCUUGAAACUACUUAAUGAAAGGAUUGCUAACUUCAGCAAUUAACUUUAUCGCAGUGUAAUGCUCGAAAUUAUAAGAUAAUUAAUUAAAAUUAUCAUGUAAUUUCGAGAAAUUCCGCAUUUUAUACAAUUUCCUAUAAUUUUUUUUCCUUUAUAAAAUAUCAUCUAAUAAUAAUUAUUUUUAUUAUUAUUAUUAUCAUCGUCACAUUAGUUUCCUUUCAAUGAUAAUUUUCUUCUUCUAUUUAGAGAAAUAAUAUAAUUAUCUAUAGUAGAAUUCGUGUGAAUAAACUCUGAAAUUUGUGUAUAUUGAUGUAAAUAUAUAUAUAAAUAUAUAUAUUUUUAAUUAGAUAAUUUUCACAGUUUCAACGGAAGAAAAGCAGACAUAUCUGUUGUAAAUGUUAAUAAAAGAAAAAGCAUUUAUUUACAAAUUUCAUGGAGAAGAUUUAAAGAUUUUAUUGUUGAUACUGAUGUUGAAAAUAAUGAUAAAUUUG